AUAUAUUAUACACAUAACUUUAUUUGCCAUAUGAGCGGCGUUAUCCAUCUUUGUUAGAAAGGUGUUGAUAGGUUUGCAUUUGGUAGAAAACUGUGACGUGCAGCUAGCUACCUUGCUAGGCUAUAGCUAACGUUAGCAAACUAGCAUUCAGUGAAACUUAAAAGGUUAAACGUUUCCUUAGUUUUUACCAAUUGGUGUUUCUGAUGUAUUCGAUCUCUAAUAAUUGCAUGUUAGUUAAAUACGUAUUAAAUAGUUGGUUUACGAGCACGUGCGCGACAAAGCUGCACUCCACCUUUGCAAGUCUACCAAUCAAUCACUCAUUGGCUCUUAUUAUUGGACGUUGCAAAAAGAAAGUGUUUAUUAUUAGUCCUGUUACUGUUGCAGAAUGAGUUAGGCAAUGACCAGUGGUGGAAAAAGUAUCCAAUUGUCAUACUUGGGCUCUAGGCUGUGAGUGACACUACCAGGGAGGGAUGAGGAUACGGCUGCAGGGCUUAGGCCAUGCCGCCGGCCUCCUCACCGAGCUCAAUCACUGCCGUCUCUCCCGCCUCUUCUGUGAUGUCAUCCUCCAGGUGGGGAGCCGCUCCUUCACAGUGCACCGUGCGGUGCUCGCCUGCGCUGGGACACACUUCCGUAGCCUGUUCUCAGGUAGGGGGAAACAGAUCGGAACCUCUGGAGCCGGAGCUACGACAACGUACUCUCUGGACUUUGUGUCCCCGGCCAACUUUGAGAAGGUGCUGACGUUCAUCUACACCGGAGAGAUCUUCACAGACCUGAUAGAUGUAGGGGUGCUGUAUGAGCUGGCAGAGAGACUGGGGGUGAGAGAGCUGGUGAGAGCCUGUCACACUACCUUCCCUGACCUGCAGCAGCUGGGCUCAGGGUCUGCACACUGUGUGGCGGAUGGAGACCUGGACUCUGACAUGGUUGCUGCUGCAGCUGGGUCAUCAAUGUGUUCGUCGUCUGCAGCAUCUUGUUCCUCUCUGUCGUCAUCUGCUGGUCCCUCGGCUGCUCCUACCCCGGCGUCAGCACCAUCACCUCUCCCUCUCCCCCAGGGCAGCAGGGUGGCCAGGCUGGGCCGGAGUGUUGGACACACAGUCACUCUGUCCCUGCCUCUCAAAGCAGAGGAUGAGCAGUCUCACCUGGGCUAUGGACAGAUGGCCGAAGACAAACAGAUACAGCUGGCUGGAGAUCAGCAGAGUUCAGUAGGUAGUCUCUCCACUGUAGCUGUUGGGGCCACCCCAGGACUUCUCCUUCCCUUGCAGCUGAAGACUGAGGAGGGCGUGGAGGUGGUGAUGGGAGACAGGGUUGGUAACAGUGAGGAGGAACAGAUGGUAGCUAGUGGGAGUAGAGGUGGUUCUCCAACUCCAUGUGUGUCUGACGCCUGCUCCUUCCCUGACUCGUCAGCCCAGCUGGGAAGGGUGGUCUGUGGGGUAGAGGCUCCCUGCGCCCCCUCCUCCUUUAGAGACCCCCUGGACAGUCUGCAGUUAGGGGGGGUGGGUGGGCUUAACUCUGGCCACACAGGGGUGACAGGGGUCAUCUUCGAAGGGGAGGAGAAUGAAGAAGAUAAUGAGGAAGAGAGAGAGCAGCUGCAGGGAGACGAAGAAGUCACUGACGGAGGAGAGGACCAGUGGAGACCCCUGGCUGAAGAUGUCAUUGAGCUGAGCGAUGAUGAGAAUUACAUGGAGGAGGAAGAAGAUGAGGAGGAUGAUGAAGAUGAGGACUUUGUGUGUGUGGAGAAUGGAGCAGUGGUUGGCAGAGAGGGAGUGGACCCUGGCCAGUUGUCGGGUAUGGUGGCGUGUAAAGCCUGUGGGAUGGAACUGUUAACAGAGUCUGCUGCACUGGGGGCCCACGCGGAGACCCACCUCACUGAGACAGGGACCUGCAGGGUGUGUGGGGCAUCUUUCCCCGGGGACCGCGGGGCCAGCAUCACCCACGCCCUGUCCCAUGUGGUGUUCUCCUGUGACAUGUGUCAUCGCCAGUUCUGCAGCCAGGCCAAGCUGGUACGCCACAGACGCCAGGCGGCUGCUCGGUACACCCUCCCCAGUCAGCUCUACACCGCCACCCAGGGGCACAAUGGGGAGCUGCAGUGUGCCGUCUGUAACAAAACCCUCACCAAGGAUUUCCAGGUCAUCAGGGAUCACCUGCUGAGUCACGUGUCUAUCCAGUCACUGAGCUGUGGUGUGUGCCUGUUACCCCAGCCCUCCCUGUGUGCCCUGCUGUGGCACGCCCUCACCCACCUCUCCCUGCCAGUCUACUCCUGCCCCCUCUGUGCCUGCGGCUUCCUGGAUCGCCCUCUGCUGGACAGACACAUGGCCCUGCAUGCCGAGGAGGCAGAAACUGACAGAGAGGCCAUGAGGGCUCAUAAAGCAGCCGGGGCAGAGGGAGAGGAGGAGCUUCGUUGCUUCUUAUGCCCACAGACCUUCCGCUCUGGCACAGCCUUCCAGUACCACCUGAGUUUUCACACCAAUGAGACCCAGCCCCAGGGACAGGGCAGUCAAGGGUGGACAGGGAAACGUAAGGCUGACCAGCUGGAGUACUCCUGCUCCUCCUCCUCACCCCUGGAGGCUGGCAGCCUGGGGAAGCUUGGCAACCUGGGCUUAGACCUGGGGAUGGGCUCUUUCCACCUCUCAGACAAGCUGCUUCAGGGGGCCUUGGCAUCUGGCUUCUCCGCAGGCCUCCUGUCCAAUGGGAACUCCUCUAGCAUGGGUGGGUCGGGCAUGGGCGCCGCUACUCCCCGGGAGAAAUGGUACCGCUGUCGCUUCUGCGGCAAACGCUUCGCCCACUCGGGCGAGUUCACCUACCACCUGCGCAUUCACACUGGGGAGAAGCCGUACCAGUGCAAGGUGUGCCUGAGGUUCUUCCGAGGCCGCUCCACCAUGAUCUGCCACCUGAAGACCCACGCCGGGGCGCUCAUGUACCGCUGCACUGUCUGCGGCCUGUAUUUCUCCACGCUCAAGCUGGUGUCCUCCCACAUGGAGAUCCACAAGGACCACCUGCCUCCAGACUUCAACAUAGAGCAGACCUUCAUGUACAAUGACCACUCCAAAGAACCCCUCCCCGCCCUGGACACCUGAUCAGCUACUCCUCUGGUGUCCUUCUGCCUUCAUCUCGCUUUCACUUUGAUUUCCCACGUCUUUUUUUGUCUUUGAGCUGGUCUGUCAUGCUCCUCCUCUUCUCUCUCUCUUUCUCUCUCUCUUUCUCUCUCUCUUUCUCUCUGGUUGUGAGCCUUAUAUAUAUACUUGUAGAAUGCAUUUAACUUGUUUUAUGUCUGUGUUUGAGAUGGUGUUUUGGAUGGAAGAGACCUGUUUUGUAGCAUAGCGUAAAGGACAUCUUCCUUGGAAGUAGUUUAGCCACUUGAUGGCAGUGUAUGCACUGUUGUCUAUGGAAGGACUUAUUACCGUUUACUGUUUGCAAGCUGUCUUCAAGUCAGUUGGCUUUUCCUAAAUUGCAGUCAAACAUUUUCCUACGUGUACUAUUACUCUGCUUUACAAAAAGUGUUGUUUUUCUGUCAGUUAAGCACCAUGUAUUCAUUUAUAUAUGAAACACAUGAUGGACUGUCUGUGUCUGUCUGAGUGAAACACCAUAUUUACCACUGUGCACCAAGCAUUAAAGGCCCAGUGCAGUCAAAAAUGUGAUUUCCCUGUGUUUUAUAUAUAUUUCCACAUCAUGUGGUUGGAAUAAUACUGUGAAAUUGGGACAAUUAUGGUUGUGAAAAGACGACCUGAAAUUCCAGCCUGUUUUAGUGGGAUGGAGUUUUUGCCUGCCUGGUGACAUCACCAGACGGUAAAUUACUUAAUAGACCAAUAAGAAAAAGUUCCAAACCUCUCUGCCAAUUACUGCUACUUUUCAGUGUUCCCCUCAGACAGUCCUAGCAAAGUUAUUGCUUGCAAAAUUGUUCUUUGCUAAGAAGCUAUUUUAGUUUAUUUUUUACCAUUUUAAUUGAAAAGAAUCACAGUAAGUUACUUCAUUGUUACCCAGAAAUUAUUUGAUAUUGAGAUAAUAAAAAAAACAGCUGCAUUGGACCAGUAAGUGUACCUGACCAGUCAUACUGUACUUUGCAACCAAUGAAUGUGGCCUUAAUGUAUCAGUUCCCUUGGAAACCAUUUAGGUAUGUUUUCCUCCAAGCAUUUUACUUCUUUAGUGAUAGACUAUUUAUAAUGCAAACAUGAUACUGUGGUUCAUGUAGACUGUAUGUAUUAGUGAUCAGAUGAUAUGAACAAAACAAACAUGAUACUGUGGUUCAUGUAGACUGUAUGUAUUAGUGAUCAGAUGAUAUGAACAAAACAAACAUGAUACUGUGGUUCAUGUAGACUGUAUGUAUUAGUGAUCAGAUGAUAUGAACUAAACAAACGGUGGCUUCCAGCAUUUCAAAAGCACCACAUUAUGCUCUGUAGACUUGCAUACUUUGGAUUUGAUAUUUAAACGUAACUCGUGUUUGUGUUCUAUUUGGUGUCUUACCUCAUUAUGAAACGUUUUAUUUGAUUAAUGCUGUUUUUUAAUUGUAAUUUGUAUGUACUUUUUUAGUGCAAACUAUGGACGUUUUCCAUUAUCUAUACUGAACAAAAAUAUAAAUGCAACAUGUAAAGUAUUGGUCCCAUGAAAUAAAAGUUCCCAGAAAUGUUCCAUACUCAAA